AUGAAUUUCUUCCGCAAUCGUCUUGUCGUUUUGAGCCUGGUGUUGUUGGCUACGUUGUUGCUGUACCUGCUUCUGCCGUCCAUUCGCCAGGGCAGCAUGGAGCCAUCCAUCACAGCUCAGAAAAUGGGGCUGAUGGCUACAGCUCCCCCCGGGGCUCAAACCAUCAAUGUGUCUAUUCGCACCGGACAACUACCUGGAGACCCUCCAUUGUUUUUCAGAGAAGCUUUACCAGUGGAUAGAGCUGGCCAGGAGAUCUUACCAAGGCUGCAGGUGGUUCUUCUGCAUGGCCAGGCCUUCACCUCCAAGACCUGGGAGGAAGUGGGAACCAUGGCCCUGCUAGCCACUAAUGGAUAUCAGGCCAUAGCAAUGGAUUUGCCAGGAUAUGGGAAAUCCCCUGACUCUGAGGCUCUGAAGACUGACCCAAGUCGGGUAGACCUCCUGUCAAGGUUCAUGGUGUCUUUGGGUGUCAGAGCAGCUGUGCUUUUGAGCCCCUCAAUGAGCGGACAUUAUUCCCUCCCUUUCCUCAUGAAGAACAGCGCACAGCUGCGUGGCUUCAUUCCUGUAGCGCCAGUCGGCACCCGGAGUUACUCUCCGCAGCAGUACAAAAAAAUUCAGACGCCCACUCUGAUUGUGUUCGGAGCUCUGGACACAAAUCUGGGUGCCCAGUCCCACAAGAACCUCAUACAACUUCCUAACCAUGAAGUGCUAAAGUUGGAAGGAGCUCGCCAUGCUUGCUACAUGGACAAACCGCACGAGUUUCACCAAGGGUUGAUUCAGUUCCUCAACAAGCUGAAGAAAGAUGUGUAGCAAAUGGAAAGAGAAGGUAGUGAGGAGGAAAACAAGCAAGGCAGCAAGGGUUUAAUUUGAUGUCAGGUUUGGCAAAAUGCUCUAAGGUUAGUGUUUUUCUCAUCACACGAUGAUGACAUGAGGGGAGGUUAAUUGGUUCAAUUAUUCAAAUGUUUCAUGACAUGACCUGAAAAUUAGAAACUAGCCUAACUCUGCUUCUCAGCUUUUUAUUAAAAUA